AUGGACCCGCUGCUUUAUCCCUCCAUCGAAGGGUUCUGCAUACCAAGAGCGUUCAACGAAAACAACUUUCGCUCUGCGAUUGGCUACAAGGCACGCGAAGGAGACAUCUUUAUCGUCACUUACCCAAAAUGUGGGACCACAUGGACUCAAUACAUCGUGUGCAACAUUCUGACUCGUGGAAACCCGCCAUCUGAAAUUGACGACUACGAUCUCAUGACGCCGUUCCUUGACGCCAAGGGAGCCGAGGCUACGGAGAAUCGCCUCGGAGCAGGCCCCAUCGUGACGCACCUGCCAAGUGGUGUGCUUCAACCAAGCGACUGCGCCAAGUACAUUUACGUCGCUCGAAAUCCGUAUGACUGCGCUGUUUCUUAUUACUAUUUCCUCAGAGGAUUCACACCAAACGCUUUCCCGGAUUUCGGCACCUUCUUGGACACGUUCCUAUCUGGAGAGCUCUGUGCAGUGGCUGGACCAGCCCCUAUAACUGCCCGCAAGCAACUGAAAAUGUGCUCGUCUUGA